GUCAAGAAAACCCAACCUGAGUUCCAACAUUGAGAGACUCUUGCUCGUAACCUAGGUUAUCUCAUCGCUGCAACGAACGGUAGAUCUUGCUCAAAUUUAGGUUAUCUCAUCGCCGGUAACUCUUGCGUUAUCUCAUCGCGUUUCUGCGUUUCUGCGUUUCUGCAACGGUAGCUCUUGCGUUAUCUCAUCGCGUUUCUGCAGCGUCUCUACACCUAGCUACCAUGGCGGCGAGUACCAAAGUUCAGAAGAACUUGAUCUUCAGGUUUCUUCAAAGCAAAGCUCGCAUUCAGAUUUGGCUCUUUGAGCAAAAGGAUUUGAGGAUUGAAGGAAGAAUCAUUGGUUUUGAUGAGUACAUGAAUUUGGUUUUGGAUGAUGCUGAAGAAGUAAACGUCAAGAAGAAGAGCAGAAAGACAUUAGGGAGGAUCCUUCUUAAAGGAGACAACAUCACUUUAAUGAUGAACACGGGGAAAUGAUGAUGAGUCCAUGUUCCAUCCAACAAGAAGACCGAUUUUAUCUUUACAUUUUUCAGUUUAAUGACUAUUUAUCCCGUCAACAUGUUGAAUAUGCUGUUUAAAAUGUAAUGUUGGCAAUAUGAAAUUUUUAUUCACCUGAUAAAUACUUGGUUGGUCCUAUUAGUUAUGGCUUCUUGUUGCCUGUAUUAAUGUCUAGCUUCCAAAACCUAAUGUAACACCAAUAUUACAAACUUUCAGUGGUUCUUUUUAUCAUUCUAUAUUGCAUCUUAUUUAUUUACUUGGA